ACCAAAUCAUAAGAGGACAAUCGGCAGACAUGGAUGCUAACCUUCUUUUGGAGUGCUUCUCGGCCACCUUACAGGCUGAUCAGAACAUCAGACGGCAGGGAGAGUUGAAGCUUAAGGAAUUGAGUGAAACGCCUGGUUUCUUGGGAGCAUGUCUUGACAUCAUAGCCUCAGGAGAUGGGGAGGUCCAGCCACCAGUCAAGAAGGCCACGGCUGUGUACUUCAAGAACAGAGUUAUCAGAUAUUGGAGCUCCAAAGAAAGCAGGAUUGAUCCUGGUGAACGUCCGGUCGUAAAGGAACGAAUUCUACCAGUAAUCAUCCAUUGUGAUUAUACAACCAAGCAGCAAUUGAUCCCAGUAUUAAGAGUCAUGAUCUCACAAGACUUCUCCAAAUGGGAUGGAUUAUUGGAAAGAACUGGUGCUCUUUUGCAGCAAGUUCCCGUGGCAUCGGACCCUUCAAUUAAGCCCAAGGACGAAGAAUACUCCAAUUUGUACACCGGUUUGUUAUGCUUUAGUGAGAUAACUAGAAGAUUCAAAUGGAUUGAAAAUAGCCAGAGAGAAGCUGAUCUUGAUCCAAUUAUCGAACUGGCGUUCCCUCACUUGUUAUCAAUUGGAAAGUCCAUUAUUGAACACUCCGAAAAUCUUACUGAACUCACCGCCGAAAUCUUGAAGCUCAUUCUCAAGUGCUACAAAUUCGUCACCUACUAUGAUUUACCUAAGCCAUUGCAGACCAGAUCAUCAAUCUUAUUGUGGGGUGAGUUUCAUGGAUUGAUCAUCAACAUGAAGCCCCCAGCAUACGUUCUUAACUCAAACCUAACUGAGCAGGAAAAGAGCUUCCUCCAAAUCUCAAAGUGUUAUAAGCGGUCCAUUGCAAACUUGUAUCGUAUUUUUACCAGAUAUGCCUCCAAGAGUUUAACUAAAAAGUUCAAGUACAAGGAAUUUCACCAAUUAUUCCUUAACGAUUUCAUACCUCACUUGUUGACCAACUACUUAUCAAUCAUAGAACAAUGGUGUGGUGGUUCUAGAUGGCUAAGCUCAAAUACAUUGUUUUGCCUCAUUGAAUUCUUGAGUCAUUGCAUUACCCAAAAAACCACUGCAGCUUUAAUCAAGCCUUAUUUUGAGAAUUUGGUUUCCCAUUUGGUGUAUCCAUUAUUGUGUCCCACUGAUAUCACUCUUGAAGUUUUCGAUGAAGAUCCCCACGAGUAUAUUAACUGCUACUUCGAUAUAAAUGAUGAAUUCAAUAGCCCUGAUAUUGCCGCAUUAGGUUUAUUGGUAACUUUUGUCGACAAGAAGAAGGAAUCAUGCUUGGAACCUGUUUUGGCAUUCAUUAAUAACCAAUUGAGUGAAUUACAGGGCAUGGAAGAGAACUUGGAGGUUGCCAAAAAGAAAGAAGGUAAUUUAAGAAUGUUGGGAUGUUUGUCAACUUAUCUCUUGAAGCCAGAAUAUGAAGAACGGAUGGAAUUGUUUUUGACUAAUUUAGUCAUUCCCAACAUUGAUUCCAAGUUUGAAUUCCUCAAGUCGAGAACGUUAGAGAUCAUGUCAAAGUUUGCCGACAUUAAUUUCAAGAAUGAAGAUGUCUUAAUAAGAGUGUUCCAAGGUAUCUUAAUUAACUUUGACACUACAGUGAACCAAGAUGUUAGCAUUGUGGUUAGUUUCCAAGCAGCAUUAUCCAUCCAGUCAUAUUUGCAAAACACAAAUUUCAAGCAAAUCUUAUCCAACAUCAUUUUACCCACUAUGUCUCGAUUAUUGGAGUUAUCUAAUGAGUUAGACAAUGACUCAAUCUCAAUGGUGAUGCAGGAAUGCGUUGAAAAUUUCUCAGAACAGUUGCAACCAUUUGGUAUUGAUUUGAUGACCAAAUUAGUCCAACAAUUUAUGAAACUAGCUGUUGAAAUCAACGAUGCAUCAAAUGUUGAUAUAGAUGCUUUUGACGGUGAUUAUGAUGAUCAAAGUGAUAAGGUUAUGGCUGCAAUUGGGUUGUUAAACACGAUGAUUACGAUCCUCCUUUCUUUCGAAAAUUCUAAAGAGAUUUGUUUGAAAUUGGAAGAGGUUAUCUCACCAAUGGUCCAGUAUGUUCUCAGCAAUCAAUUGGAUGACUUUUUGACUGAAAUUGCUGAAUUACUAGAGAAUUCUUCAUUCUUAUUGAGAUCGAUCAGUCCAGUCAUGUGGAAAAACUUUGAGUACUUAUACCAAUCAUUCGAAAAUGGUCUUGCAUUGAUGUACCUUGAAGAAUUGAACGGCUGUUUACAGAACUUUUUGAUCUUUGGUGCCAACGAUUUAGCUAAAUCUCCUGUUUUGAUUGAAAAGUUUUUCAACAUCUUCAAAAUCAUAACCGAGAGUGACGAUGAGACGGUUGGCUGGAACGAUUUCUUAUAUGCCUUAGAGUUUGCUCAAUCAUUUGUCUUGUCCUUGCAGGGAAAUGCUAGAAACCAGAUCCCAUUCUUUAUCAACAGUAUUGUGAAGUUUGAACAAGAAUCGAAGCAAUCGGCAGACAGUGGACAUGUUAAAUCCUUGGCUUUUAAUAUUAAUAUUACCAAUGUCAUGUUGUCAUGCAUCAUGUAUGACUCCACGACCACGUUGCAUUUAUUGCAAGAAAUGUCUGUCUUGUCUUCUUUCUUUGAGCAAUGGUUCACUCUCAUUCCAAAGCUUAAGAGGGUCUAUGACUUGAAACUUUCAGUUUUGGGUAUUAUAAGUAUUUUGUCCAUUGAGGAUAUUCAUAAACUCUUCGACGAACAAGUGGUUGCUCAAUUCAGUCAUAAAUUGGUCACAUUGAUUAAAGGGUUACCAAUGGCCAUUGAAAAUUUGGAGAAGAAGAGAAAGAACUUCAAUGAGUUGGAAUACUCCGAAAGCUUCAAAUACAAUGGAGAAUGGGGUAACGAUAACCAAUGGGAUGAUAAUGACUCUGAAGAUUUAGAAACCAUUCUUAGAGAAGGAGAAGAGGCGGCCACCGAGGAGUACAAUCAGAAUGAGGCCGGUUUCAGCCAAGGAAGGGAAGAAUAUUUGGACUUUUUGCAGGAAGAGGAGUUCAAGAGCUCUGGUUAUUACAGCGAAUAUGAUGAUGCUGUCUUAGAAGAUCCAUUAGCAACCACCCCAUUGGACACCGUAAACGUUUUCGGUGUUUUCAAAGACUUCGCCGAGGGGUUGGAAAGAAACAACCCAACCAAGUACGGUCUAGUACUCGGCAACUUGAGUGAUGAUGAGAAGAACGUUGUUGCAGAGAUCUUUAGAACCGUGUCCCACUAAUAUCAUGGAUGGUUUUUCUUUGCUGCCUGAUCGAUCAGUUCCCUUUAAUUUGUUAGCCCAAAUUUAUUGCAUAUUUAGACUUUUUAGCCUUCAAAAUAAUACGACCACACUAGGC